CCUGGCCCACUAUACCUUCCUUGCCUUGCUUCAUGUCAGAGUUUCUCGACUAGAUCCAGUACUAGCGGAUCUGACGGGCUGACCUGCCACAAAAAAAUGGCUCGUGUCAACUGGAUUCGAACCAGCACCUUCUACGGUCUGGUGGCAGCGUUUCUUCUAGCGGCCAUUCUCCUCUACAACCUCUCGCCCGUCCGCGUUGAGGUGGACCGGCGUCAGGUUCACACUAAAGGAUACAAUUCACGGCUUGAUAACUCACAAGUCAAUGUUCCUGAGAUAAUGGAUGACUACGGAACAGGACCAUUAGAGAACUUCAGACAUGUGGCACACGCCUUCAACCUGGCAGAUCUGGAUGUGGAUAGGAUGACUGCAGAGGAACUGCUGCUUACCAUACAUACUUAUCCAGAUAAUAUUGAUGUCGUGUGCCGAAGGAAACUCCGAAUGGGUAAAAUUGGAGACGGCGGCUGGGAGGUGUGUGACGACCCUGACGUCAGACCCACAAUGCCCUGCGUCGUCUAUUCCUAUGGUAUCCACUACGACUUUUCCUUUGAUGAUGACGUCGCCAAGCUUUACGGGUGUCACGUGUACUCAUUCGACCCCAGCAUGGAUAAAGUAGAAGACCGUUAUAACAGGUCAGAAAACGUCCACUUCUACAAGAUAGGUCUGGACGGUGUGACUCACGUCACCCCAAAGAACUGGAGUCUCUACACCCACGGGGACAUCAGGAAAAUGCUCGGGCACCAAAACACCCCCAUCGACAUCAUCAAAAUGGACAUCGAAACUUUCGAGUGGACCUCAGUGCCAGAGAUGCUGGCCUCUGGUCAGUUGCAGAACGUCCGUCAGUUCCUGGUGGAGUUCCAUGUCGGUGCCGCGACACGGGAGUACCUGCUGCCCAGGGUCAGGCUGAUGCAGGACCUCGAGAGGGCGGGGCUGAGGAGGUUUUACGUUCAUAAGAAUUUUUAUUGUUUGAAGCGUAUUGAGGGGUAUCCUAUUAUGAGGACUAGGUGUUAUGAGGUGCAUUAUAUGAGGCGGUGAUUGGUUGAAAUAGUGGGCGUGGUUAUGUGUGGCGGUGAUUGGGUGAAAGAGUGGGCGUGGUUAUAUGUGGCGGUGAUUGGGUGGAAAAGUGGGUGUGGUUAUAUGUGGCGGUGAUUGGGUGAAUUAAAUGAGUGUUUGAAUGUGAUUGGAUGAAAUACACUUGGUGUAGAUGGUCUGUUGUACAUAUUUAAGGCCACUGUUUUGUUGCUACCGGUGUGCUUUGAUAUUAAAAGUCAGAUAGUUUUAACAGAUUGAUUACACAAGGGUGGUGAAUAUUUAUACAAAUUUCCAUUGUAAAUAGAAACCCUAUUUACUUAUAGGCCUGAUUUUUGAAACAAUGUAUUACUAUUUUCAAUUAAAAAAGAUUAGACAAAUUAAUAAAUGAUGUACAACU